AUGUUCCGACGGCAUUGUGUUGUUGCUGAGAUUUUAAAAACGAGCGAUUGGGUACUUUUUAUCGAUGCUGACAUUGGCAUUGUGAAUCCGACCAGGUUAAUCGAAGAAUACAUAGACCCUCGCUACGAUAUUACUUUUUAUGAUCGUUUCUGUAGUUGGGAAGUGGCAAUGGGAUCAUACAUCGUGAAAAAUACGGAAUUUUCUCGAAAUUUCCUUAUGAAUUUCGCGGAUUUUGAGAAUCGCCUACCAAACUCGUUUCAUGGAAGCGAUAACGGAGCCAUUCACGCAUAUCUGCUUGAGACCUUAGUCCCUGGUAGUCGACCUGAUGCUCAUGUAUGCUAUUCAAUUUGGCACCAAUCGAGCGGAUAUGAAGAUUUGUUUUUGUUCGAAUCGUGCAUUCGAUCGAUAAUCGGGUCGAGAAACACUUUUGAUAAGUGUUUGCAACAACAAGAAAUUCUUGUGGCUAAAUUUUUCAAAGAAAAAAUUUUGCGUUCCAAAUUUUUUGUACUUCAGGGUACUGGCUGGGUUCGCGAUAUUUGGAUCACGAAUAGCCUUUGGAGCUACGAAAGAGACUUCAUGCUUCACGGAAUGAAGGAAAGCGACCGGUCAGCGGUACCAGACGGAAUAUUCUCUGCUUUAGAAUGCUCUUCGGGAACAGUCGAGUGGGAGUACGAUGUGCGACUGCGAGUUUCUCGUUCAAUGGUGGAUAAGUUACUCCACGACAUGGCACAAGCCGUAGAGAAACGUCGAUGGAAAUCGUUGGCUCGGGUUCACGGUUAUUUAGGAGAUCUCCUGUAG